AUGUCAACCACUCUCAACGAUGACUGGGUUCACUGUCAAUCAGCCAAUGCGUUAGCAAACGACGUUAGAACAUGGACUACAUCUAUCUCAAGGUCCCGAAUAUCUACCAUCGAUGGUCUCGGAUUCAGUGAAAAUGGGGAUGCCGAGGCGACGACCAGCCUCGAGAGCCUACUCCGCACGGUACAGCAACUGAAGCUUAAAAGAGUCCGCAUCGAAGAACUCGAAGAAACUCAAUUUAUCGCAGCCGGUGAGACCUUUGCAGUCUCAAGGUGCCAUUGCGAAGGGUCUGUGGUGGCGAUAAAGCGCAUUCAACUUGAGGGAGAAUCUCAACCUCAACAUUUCCAGCGUCGCUUGCAGUCCGUUAUACGAGAGGUCUUGAUAAUGUGCCAUCCACCACUUACGCAUCAUCCAAAUAUCAUCAAUCUGUUGGGAUAUGGAUGGUCUGUCGAAAAGCAGCGACCGUCCCCAUUUCUAGCGGUGGAAUUCGCUACCGGUGGCUCAUUAAGAGAAUACUUGAAACAAUGUCCACAGUCGAUUCGGAGCAAACUGAUACUCAUGGGGGAUGUUGCGGCAGGAUUAAUGGCGCUACAUAGAUGCGGAAUCGCGCACGGCGACAUGAAAGCUGACAACGUGGUGAUUUUCUCUUCGUUGGAUCGUCCUUCUAUGUCAAUUGCCAAAGUUUCAGAUUUUGGACAUUCGAUCCUUGUGAGCUCAACGCCAGAAAAAAGAACACAUUAUUUCGGAACCAAGCUGUACAAUGCACCCGAGGUGGCUGCUCAGAAAGACCGGCCUAUUCCCAUUGAGCAACUCCAUAAAUGCGACAUCUGGGCAUUUGGUCUGUGCGUGUGGGAGAUACUGGCAGAUGGGAACCUUUAUUUCCAACAUGGUUGGAAAAAUGGCUUUGCGUAUAAGCGCCCUCCCUCAUACACAGCGUCAUCAUCGCCCAAAACUUCAAAGCCCCAAGUAACCCCCAACGAAGACGGUCAGGAUGCUUUCGGUCACUUUGACCUUUUUCAUCUCAGGGGAAUAUCAAUUCGGUUUUUGGAAAGCAUGAAUAUACCAGGGAUUGGUUUCGAGAAAGGCUUUCUCAGGCCUCUAUUGAAUGGUACACUGGAUGUCGACCCCUCUAAGCGAAUAUCGGAUCUAAGUCGACUGCCAAUCAUUGGGUUUUGGAGCAAAGCACCAGGGGGGCAUUCGCUCCAGUCAAAGCUUGCCACUUAUACUUUAUCUGGAGACAUUCGGUAUUCCAUCUUCAACCGGGAUGGAGGUCCUUAUAUCAUUUGGGAACAGCAACAGCAACUCUUGCAGAGUUUCGAAGCUUUGGCUCAGCAGACGGAUCCCGAAAAGGAUAAAGGGUCUGCUGCAUUCCAGACGAUGCUUUGUUAUGUAAACGCUUUUGGAACACCCGUGAACUUGACCAAGGCUACUGAAUAUCUUCAUAAGACUGAAAAGUCGGGCCAUCUGGUGGCUGAUAUAUUGGGUUGUCGGCUCCUUGAUGGAUUUUCUGGUGUGCACUCUGAUUCACCCAGGGAGUACCACGAGUGUUUGGCUCAAGGCUUUCAUAAUAUAUGGAGCAAACAAGCUUCUUACAUCUCUGUGCACGUUGGCGAGACUGUCACCGAAUUUGCCGAUUACACGAGCUUGCGAAAUGCCUUUCUCAACGAGGGGGACUUGAUCGGGAUUGACCAGGACGACAUCGAGACAAUUUUUCUCACGCGAAAGGCUUCUUCUGAGCGUAACAGCAUCCUUGAAAUUGCUAUCCAGCAGGGCGAUAUUGAUCUUGUAAAUCUGCUAUUGGCCAACUUUGGCAAGGUACUCACCGGGAUGAAGACAAGCGAGUGUCUCUUGGUGCAAGCAUCCCGUAACGGCCACGGUGCCAUCGUGAAUCGGCUGUUACAGGAGGGAAUGACCAUUGCCCGCGAGGACGCAAGAUCCUGCCUUCUACAUUGGCUCUUCUGUCUCGAUGACACAAGUUUGUGUGAAGUGCAGCAACAACUUGAAAGCGCGAGUCGUCCUGAUCUCGAGCGGGCUCUCAAUCAUGCUAUCACCCAGAAAAUUACGAUCCACCCGCAGUGGCCAUUCCAAGUAAAUGGUACCCCACUUGCUACUGCGAUAGCCUCAGGAAGAAUCGCUGCUGUGAAAUUGUUACUGGCAUUGAAGGCCAAUCCCUUAGCCGCGGCGUUUGCGGGUAUCGAUAGCGAAUCAACUCCAAUAUUGACACCUAUUCACCUCGCUUUAUCCUACCAGCUCCCAGAAAUUGUCAAGCUACUAUGGGAUGCCGCAUUCAGGGAGCAAAUGAGUCCUGCAAGUCAAAUGUACCGUAAUGUUGCCUUGGGUCGAUUCCCAAUUGCCUGUGCCUUGAGCUUCAGAAGCAAUGCCGAACGAUUUGCCAUGCAUGGUAGCAUCCAUCGACAGAGCCUAAGAGAAGUCGUCCAGCUCCUACCAGUUGAAGCAUUGGCUCAGUCCUCACCCGAGGGUAGGAAUGCUCUCACUCAGGCAAUUGAUCUGGAAGAUGUUGAAGCUGUGAAGCUUAUUCUGGAACAUCACCCCGAUCUUGUCUUUAAGAGAAUUACUCAACCAGGGAUAAGCAGCUUGUUCACAUAUGCGCUCAAUUUUGCGGUCCAAGUGGGCUCACUUCGUGAAACCGAUGAGUCAAUCCAGAUAUUAAAGUCAAUUCUAAAGCUCGAUCCAGCUGCAAUCAACAAACCAGACAGUUCCUCAGCAAAACCAAUACACGCCGCAGCCAUGGGUACAUCGCCCCACAUCUUGAAAUUCCUUCUUGAACACGGCUGCACCACAUGCCAUGACCUAGAUGGUCGAGGACAGACUCCCUUAUUCUUCUGCCGCAAUGCGAGUAUGGUCAACAUCCUAUUGCAGAUGGGCGCUGAUAUUAACCAUCGGGACCGACUGGGGUAUACUCCUACCCACACAGCCGCAAGUCAUGGGACGGAAGAAGUUCUGUGCGCACUUAUUGAGGCUGGAGCCGAUCUAAGCUUUGUCAACAAUGACAUUGGAGCUCCACUGCAUUAUGCCGUCCAAAGGAAAUCACUUUCGAUGGUAGAAAGGCUUUUGAAAGCAGGUGUCGAUGUUAACGCGAAAAACACCUACGGUCAAACUCCCCUCCUGAUCGCAAUGGAUACAAGUCGAUCCGAUUUGGUUUUCUUACUGUUUGAGAACGGCGCGAACCCGUUCAUUGCGGAUAAUAGUGGCUCUUCACCUUUCCACAUGGCGCUUUCUUGGCCCAACACCAGCGUGCUGAACAAGUUUCAAACCCACACUACGCUCAGUGAGCUACCAUGGGAGAAUAAGGUAGAAGCGUUACAUUUUGCCGCUGAAAGUGGAGAGCCCGAGGUGCUGAAGCUUUAUCUGCACAAUGCUUUCGGAUCAGGGCUUAGUGCCGAGAAUCCUGUUUCUCUGUACCAUAAAGACGUUGUGAUAGCCCUUCACAAGGCGACAUCGGCUUCUCGUGCAGACCUCGUCGAUGUUAUGCUGGCGUAUGGGUUUCAAGUCGAUGCCCAAGAUGCCAAUGACAAUACGCCUCUCCUGAUAGGAUGUCAAAUAGGACGAGAGGAGCCUUCUCCCAACCAAUAUACUCGUACUCAAAUCUGUGAAAAGCUUCUUGCCAAUGGCGCCAGCAUUUGCAAGAAAGACGAUCGGGGACGUACGCCGUUAUCCAUUGCCCAAGCGCACAAGGAUUACCCGUUGAUGACUCUCUUGCUCGAGCAUGCCCUUGUAAUAGGCGACCUUGACCAACCUAAAUUAAGAUCGCGCAUGCUGGAAUCCAUCAGAGACCCCGAUAAAGACAGUCAGCAUUGCAAGUGUUCUCAAGCCCUCAUUGGUGACGAGAUGAUUGAGCUCGAACUCAUCCAGCAGGCGACGACAGAAGAAGAAUGGGACUUCGUCAUGACAUGUAUCAGAGGACAGUUUAUUAACAAAAAGCAGCUCCACCAGAUCUUUCAUCGAAGAAGAUGGUCAUAUGGCGUGGAUAGCUUAGACAUGCUACGCUUCCACUCCGUCCGCCGAGACUGGGAGAUAGUUCGCUAUCUAAACCAGGUAGCCACCACUGGCGAAUACACCGUACACAAAACAGCCCAGCUCGGGCUCCGGAAUUUACAGAUUGAGUGUUCGGAUUGGAGAACCAGUUUGAAUCAAACAUUGUGGCCAAAGAAGAUGGAAAAGAUAUUUCGAACAGCGAAAGAAGGCGAGCCAGAGCAGAGAACGCGUAGUGAAAGGUUCACGCGGACAUCGAGGGAAUAUAAAACAAGGGAUUCAGACGAUGAGGACAGGAAAUGGGGUUGGAGCUCUGAUGACCUCUCUGAAGACUGUUUAUCUUCUGCUGAAGAGUCGGACUCGGAGCAGACGAAAAAUAGCCCAGUAGCCGAUACCUUAGGAAUCUUGCGAGGAGUAUAG